UCACUCCUUUUCGCGCUUUUGAUUUGGGCUUCAUUUGCCAGGCCCGUAAGUGAAGAACCCUAGAUCGCGUCUCGCGAUUACACCAUCGCCUCCGUCCUGAUUUGCGAUUCCGGUAACGGUUCAGACGAUACUUAACUCCCAUUUAUUAUUACCUCCACGAUGUGCCUUCAAUGCGGUCGUCGCGUCGCAUAGGCGAUUCCGCUUUAGAUUUGUCAUGUCUACUCCCAGGGUUUUCUUCUCAGACCUCAAGUCCGGCAAGUGCUCAUCCGCUGUUGAAGCUCGACUUCUGCGAUUCUGGGAGGCGAAGAAUGUGAAACGCGGUGGGGAGUUGAUGUGGGUCGACAUGCUCUUGAUUGAUGUCAAUGCGACAUUGAUGCAAGCCACCAUCUAUGCUAACCGCCUUUCAAGAUUCCGUUCCAAACUCGCCGCCGGAACGAUGUACACCGUCUCUGGAUUCGAUGUGGCUCGAUGUGCCCAGAAUUUCCGGCUCACCGACUCCCCUCUGCUGAUCCGGUUCAAUGAUUCCACCGCCUUUGAUGAGCUAAUCGAGCCGGUUAGUCCAUUACCUGAAGAAGGAUUCCGGUUCCGUAACCAGUCUGAAUUGAUUGGUCUAGCCAACACGAGUACACAGCUACCAGAUAUUGUAGGUGAGAUCACUGCAGUGAAGAGUAACGUGUGUGAUACUCCUGGAGAAAAGAGUCGUCUCAUGGCUACUAUCAAACUGGAUAAGGAUUCAACCGUCACCUUGAGUUUCUUUGAAAGUCAAGCAGAGGCUUUUCACAAAAGGCUUGAGGAUAUGCAUGGUGACCCCAGAGUUGUUGUUGCAACCAGCAUUAAUCCAAAGAUGAUUGGAGGUGGUUUGUUCUUAAAUGCAACAUCUGGAACCCACGUGUAUUUUGACAAGGAGACGAAGUCAGGGGAGGAUUACUUCUAUAGAUUGGUCGCCAGGGACAAUGGAGUUCCUUCUGCUGCACCAUUGCUGAAAGGAUAUGCAAAGGUGGAGAGCUUGACCAUAUCGGAACUUAUAAGUUUUGUCGCCUCUGCUCAGUCACAGGACAUUGACUUUGUCUGCACUGGGAGAGUGGUUCGACUCGACGUGGAUAAGGGAUGGUGUUACGUUGCAUGCGCUAAAUGCAGUAAGAAAUUGCAGCGUACUGUCUCUGCUUUGGAGUGUGUGCGAUGUAAUAAUCCUAAUGCUGUCGGAGUUCUUCGUUAUCGUCUGGAGUUGGCAAUCGCUGAUAACACUGCUGAAGGUACAUUCGUGUGUUUUGAUGGUGUGAUGACUAAGCUGCAUAAUCUCCGAGCAAGUGAGGCUGGUCAGAUGUUGGCGGUAGAAGGAGAGAAUCCUGAGGACAUGAUGGUGCCACCGUUUAUCAGUGACAUGGAAGGAAAGACUCUCACUUUCCAGGUCAGAGUUAGCGCGUUCAACUUCACCGCGCACCAUCAGACUUUUACCAUCACCCGUAUCCUUAAGGAGCACGAGCGUAUUCCAGCUCCUGACUUUGUCGUAAGUGGAGGGAACGAUGAGGAUGAUAAUAACCUUGGAGAUGGUGGUCAUGUUCCAGUCCGCGGUGACUCUGGAGAAGGCAGCAGUGGUCCUGAUAAGAAGGCGGAUGGGACUCCAGCCGAUGCUGCGGUGGAGAAGAGUUCUCGCCCAUCUACCAGUGCAGCCAAGAAAGCUCGUGUUGUUUGAAAUUGAGUACCAGCAGUUAUGGUUUCAUGUUUCAAGUUGGAAAAUUAUUAUUGUCUUACGUUCGCGUCUUUUGUUGUCUUUAUUUCAGUUUGCUCAUUUCCCUUAAUCUAAAACUCUGUUUCCGUCAGUUUGGGGUUAAUCAGUAACUAUUUUAAUCAUUAAGUCAUAUAAAGUAGUUUAGUAUCUUUCAAAUGAAAUAAAAAGUGUAAAUUAAUUAGCAAUCAUGAUCACAUCAUCGUUUAGUUAUUAUAAACAUAUCAUUUGGUUUAAGUACAUAUGUAUACCGACCUAUGAAUAAAUAGUGGAAAUUAGUUAACAAUCAUGAUCACAUCAUUGUUUAGUUAUUAUGAACAUAUCAUUUGGUUUAAGUACACAUGUAUACCGACCAAUAAGUUUUAAUCACGCUCCUAUCUAUUACUAUAAAAAUAUGUUGUCUCCCUCCAGGUGAUGCCACGUCACUAAGUGGAGGAAGAAAACGCUGCCACGUGUCUCAUUCUUUUAAAAACACUGCAUUCGUACGGGCUUUGCAUUUUGUUGGGCCCAAAUCAUCUCUUUCUCUAGCCCUUAAGGGUAUACUUGAUGAAACACGGCGUUUUCCAUUAGGUUCUUCUUCGUCUCUUUUCUGUCUCCAGCGCUAAUGGCGAUUGAAGUUUCUAAUACGCUCUUUCAUCUUCUUCUUCACUGUCUGAAACAAUACAUAUAACGGAGUUAUCCUCUUUAAUCUCACAGGUCUCCAGCGAAUCGAUCCUUUCAUGAGGAGAUCCUAAUCACAGCAGCUCAUGCUACCUUCUAUGAAUUCAACAUUGAGAUCAGUCAAUGGAGUCGUAAGGAUGUUGAAGGGUCUUUGUUUGUUGUCAAAAGAAGUAAACAAGAACCUCGGUUUCAGUUUAUUGUAAUGAAUCAUGGGAACACAGGUCAGCCAGAGAAGCAUCAAAUUACUUUUUUUGUUGAUGUCUUUGUCUUUGAUUAGUUGCUUCGUUUUUUUCAGUGUUUUAGUUUGUUUAAAGCUAAGGGAAGGUCAGGGAAGGCUUACCCGAUGAUUUUGUUUUGAAUUCUUGAUUAAGGAGAUUGUAUUAGUAAUCAUCAGUGUAUUGUUUAAAUUUUGCCUGGGCAGAUACUCUGGUGGAAGAUCUCCUGGGAGAUUUUGAGCCUGAGAAGGUACUCUGAAAUUUGAUGUUUCUUAGCUAACUAGCAACCUAAUAAGAAACGCAAAAUGGGAAGACCAAUUACUCUUACAGUGCCUCCUGCAGCAUCAUCUUCGCAGACCGGUUCUCUCACACGGUAACUUAUCCGAAUCAGACACUCUGACUACUAUAAAUCAAGAACGCCGCAUAGCUAAAGAUUCUGCUCGAAGUGCCAGACAGCUACGAAUGGAGAUUUGUGUAAAGAGAAAAAAAGGGCCCAGAUAGCUGGAUCUUCAUCGGCAUCUGCAUCUACUUCCGGAAGCUCAAAAAGACCACGUGAAAAUGAUCUCAAGACAUAUGACAAAUGGGAGUUGGUCUCAUGUCCAUCCUGUAAAGCGUUGUUCUGGAAUGCUGAAGCACCUCGAGUUCAGACAAACCAAGAGAGCAAGCAGUUUAGUCUUUGUUGUCAGAGAGGUCGUGUGAGACUUCCACCAGUUCGGGAGCCACCGUCUCCAUUUCUAGAGCUUUUAGAGUCGCCGAGCUUCAAGCCCCACAUCAGAAUUGCUAACAGUUUGCUUGAUUUCCCCUCUAUGGGUGCCAAAAUUGAUAAGAGCGUCACUGGGUAUGGACAUGAGAAGAUCUCCAUGACUCCAUCAUCAAACGUAGGUAUCAUCAUGAAUAAUAUCAUUAUUUGCUGACUAUAGACAGAUUCAUGUUCUUUAAUGUUCCAAAUGAUGUUGAUGCUAGAACCGCUUGGUCACAGUGCAAUUUGAAGGAUCCUAGGUCAAUCUUAACUUCGAUACCUAUGUCUUUAUUUCAUUGUCUUCAAAAGAUGAUAUACUGACUCUUCUUAUGUCAUGUAUCUAAUUAUCUCCUUGAUUAUCACAUUAAAGACCAGCUAACUUUGUUUGCUUGGUUUUUUAUAUUCAAAAGUGCCUUCUCAGAUCAAUGAAAACAUUUUUGGUU